CUGUGAAACGCGUUAUCAUGAUCGAGGAAGUUGAAGCUGGUUGUGAGUUUUCAAAACCACAAAAUAGCAACAUUAGUCGUGAAAGAUUGAAAGCACAAACUGAAGCUGAAUAUCGAAUUUAAAGGUUCAAAAACAAACUAUCUACUGAAGUCAUAAAGACAAUGAGGAGUAAUGAAGAGAAAGUGAAACUCAAAAACCGUGCACUUGGCUCUCACCUCCGGGGUGUCGAGAAUGAUUCCAGGACUCAGCCUUAAAUAAACCAGUCCAAAACGAAAUAAUGACCAGUGCGAUUAACAAGGGAUACUUGUUUACAAAGUUUUGUUCGAGUGCUGCUGAAAACCUGGACCUCAGACUUGCUAAACAUCAGCAGGCUUCCUUGGUAAACGAGUGUUCACAUAUGGAAUCACGUCUUCAUCUCUUCGGGAGUACAUCAUUGAGAAAUGUCAUGUUCAUAAGGUUUUGUAUAAGGCUGGGAAUUAAAGUAGACCUUGGACUCUCUCCAAAACAGCUUAUUUGUCUCUAUAAAGAAUGCAUAAAAAMUGCUCAAUAUUAUGAUGACGCGAUUGCUAUGCGAGAGGCCAUUUUGCUCUUUGUAUUACUGCAAAAAAACGUGUGGGGUUAUAAAAAGGAAACUGAAUGCGAGGAAGUGAUAGUUUAUGGCAAGAAAUGCAUUGAUAUUGGAAAGACGGUGGGAAGUAAAAACAUUGAAAGAGAUGCAUGUUACGUGGUGGGGAAAACAUGCGUUUGCAUUAAACAAUAUCAAGAGGCCGUUCUUUACUGCAAGAAAAGCUUUGACAUGGCUAAAGAGACCUGCAACAUAAAGGYCGUGAUGUAUGCAUCUUUGAUGCUUGGAAAAGCAUAUGUAGGAUUACAUCAAUACGAAGAUGCUAUUUUAUACAGCAAAAACUGUAUCGUAGUCACCAAGGAAACUGGGGAAAAAGAGGUUGAGAUGCAUGCACUUCUAGAAGUAGGGAAGGCGUAUGCGGGACUACAGCAGUAUGAAGAUGCGAUUGGCUACUGGAAAAACUGUAUUGAGAUSACCAAGGAAACUGGGGAAAAAGAGRUYGAGAUGCAUGCACWUYUAGAAGUAGGUAGAGCAUAUGAAGGACUGACAAGCUAUCAAAAUGGCAUCAAAUCUUUCGACAAAUGCAUUGCAAUUGCCAUGGACACUGGCAACAGGACAAUUGAAAUGUAUGGAUAUUUUGAACUAGGAAAAGCAUAUGAAAACCUAUUACAGUACGAUGAUGCCAACGUCUACUACAAGCGCUGUAUUCAGAUAGCUAAACAUUCAGACCAAAGUAUGGAGAUGAAGGCGUAUAGUUGUCUAGAAAGGACAUAUGCACAGCUCAAACUGCAUAAUGAUGCAAUUUGGUACGGAAGGAAAUGUAUAGAAAUUGCGAAAUAUACAGGAGAUAAAGAGACUGAGCAGCACGCUUACUUUAAUCUUGUGAAAAUCUAUGCAGACCUUAAGCAGUUUGAAGAAGCUAUUUCUUGUAGCAAGAAGUGUGUUGACACAGCCAAGGAAAUUGGCCGCCAAAGCAUAGAGAAGGAUGCUUAUUUACUUGUUGCCGUAAUGCUUUUAACRGCUAAAAAAUACGAAGAGAGUAUUGCAUACAGCAAAAGAGGCUUGGAAAUCUCUGAGGAAAUUUAUGACUUUGACGAUGAGAUGAUGUCAUGUUAUUUUCUUGGUAUAGCAUACAUGCAAAUAAGACGAAAKGAAGAUGCUUCCUUCUUCUUCAAAAGAUGUCUUAAAAUAGCAAAGAAAGUUGGCAAAAAAAUGAUUGAGAUGAAAGCGCAUUUAUCAUUGGCAGAGAUAUUUAUUAGUUUACCUAUACUAAAUCAAGCUCUCUUGCAUCUAAAUGAAGGCAAAAACAUUGCUCAAGAUCUAAACGACGAUGAACACACAGCUAAAUUUAGAGAUUUGCAGCAUCUGUUUAAUAUCAUUGUUGGAUUUUACAAUCAAGUCUCUCCGGACGAGCAAAUUAUAGGAGAGCUGAUAGGCAUACCGAAUGGCCCCGAACAAGAUCUUCUAGAUGAAAUUGAUGAAGCAGUGAAAGCAAAAGACGAGUGGAGAAAAACAGUAGCCCUCUUAAGACACCACUGUUUCUGCUACUCAAAGAAACAAUACAAUAAAGCCCUUGCAUCACUAAAACAUUUUAAGAAAGUAGUAGAGGACACAGACACUGAACUAUGGUGUAACCUACCUAUACUAAAUUUAUACAUGUUGAUGAACCAGUAUGACCAGGCUUUAGCUUACUGCUGGRAGAUAUUAACUGAGGUGAAAGAGAGUGGAUAUACAAUCCAUCAAUCAUUAUUCUAUUCAACCAUGGGUCAGCUGCUUUACCGAGAUGGUCAGUGGAGUGCUUCUGAGAAAUAUCUUCGGGAAGCAUUGAAGUGUUUUGAAAUAGUUUUUGCAUCUCUUGGCAGCAACGACGACCCCAAGAUAUCUAUUAUAGAUAAAUAUUGUCAUUGCUACAAAUGUUUGUCAAUAGUACUAAAUAGGGCCAAUCACGUCGAGGAAGCACUUGUGGUGUCAGAUCGCUGUCGAGCGCGAGCCCUGAAAGAUCUUUUGGUUUCAAACUUUGGGAUGAACGAGGAAGGGCAUAAAGAAGAACAGAAAGACUGUCACGACAUCCAAGCCUUUUUGGCUUCAAGCAAUGGCUUUACUGUUCUGUUUUAUUCUUUAUUUUUUGACGGGAUCUUAUUGUUCUUUACCGAUGCCAACGAAAACACAUACAAGGGUUAUUUUCAUCGCUUUGAAAUGAACGAAAAGAUCCCUCACUUUCUGAAUUUACUUGAUCAUGCGUUUGACGAAUUAGAUGCGCGUAAAGUUGACAAAUGCGAGGACAGGUCUUUGGACGCGAAUCACGAAAAUACUGAGAGACGUGGGGAAAAGAAAGAAUCUAUCUAUGCCUCAUGCACAGAUGUUCUUUUUGGAAUUGAUGACGCACAAAACGUCACUAACCCUGACUCAAGGCGAGAAAGAUCUGGAGACUUAACUAUGAAUGGGAACGCGCUAAAAUUUCUSUAUAACUCUUUAAUAGGUCCAGUAAAAGACUUUAUCGAUCAAGAUGAGAUUGUAAUAAUUCCCGAUGGCGAGUUAAACUGCGUACCAUUUGCGGCCUUACGGGACCCAGACACGGGGAAAUAUUUAUCAGAAACUAAGCGUAUAAGGCUUGCUCCAUCAAUUUCUACCUUGAAGGUUCUACAGGAACGGCCGGCGGAUCAACAUCACAGAAGAGGUGCACUGAUUAUUGGUAACCCUUUGGUUGGUAAAGUCAUGAUGAAUGGAGAAGUUACGGAAAUUCAGCACCUGUUUGGUGCCUUAGACGAAGCAAUAGACAUUGCUCUCAUACUUGGAGUCCGUCCAUUAUUGGCAGCCCAGGCUACAAAGCCAGCCGUCCUAGAGAAACUACAAAAAGGGGUAUCUGUUGUUCACAUUGCUGCACAUGGUAUGCUAUCAAAAGCUACCAUAGUACUUGCACCUUCUCCUGAGGUAAGAGCAACAAAGAUCCCAGAUGAAGAAGAUUACAUGCUGACCAUGGCUGAWGUACAGCAGGCUCAAGUACGUGCACAGUUAGUUGUGUUAAGCUGCUGUCACAGUGGACGUGGUGAAAUCAGAGCUGAAGGAGUAGUURGCAUGUGUCGAGCCUUUCUAGCGUCAGGKGCUCGUGCAGUGGUAGCGUCUCUGUGGGCCAUCGAUGACGAAGCAACACUCGAGUUCAUGAAAACGUUCUAUAAACACUUAAAAGAAGGAAAUAGUGCCAGUAGAAGUCUUCAAAUGGCAAUGAAUGACAUGAGACAGACUGAAAGAUUCAGUGCACCAAAGUAUUGGGCACCAUUUGUUCUGAUAGGAGAUGAUGUAACAAUCGACUUUACAGACAGAGAAAUUGGACGUUGACAUCGGCCUAUAGAGCAGGUGCAUGUUACGUCAUAGCCGYCAUCUUGGUUGACGAUAACAAAGCAUUCCUCAUUAGCUUCUCUUGUAAGAUCAACCAACAUGGCGGCUGUUCCAUUGUUAUUCAUAUCUCAAGGGAUUUURAGUCACAUGUUUGCACAUAYUCUUUUGUGCAUGUCGUUGUCAUUAUAAACAAAUGUACUUGCAGUUUCAAAUUUGGAAAUAUGUAAGUURAUCUGUUAUUAGAAUGUCAAAUUAGAUAGUAACAGUUUUAAGAGCGAAGGUAAAAAAAAUGUAAAAAAAGGAAGGGAAAUAAAGUAACAGAAAGGAAAAGAAAUAAAGGAGAUGGAAAAAAAAACCAGAAUGGAAAGGAAUGGAGAGGAAAAUUAAAGAAUGUAAGGGACAGGGAAUUUUAAAAAYACAAUGGACUAUCAACAGAUAAGCUUGGUUUAAUUCCAAUUGUUUAUAACAUUUUUAGUCUUAAUUUAGUAAAUAAUUGCAGAAGUGGA